CGUAAGUUUCCGCAAUCAACCAUGUUGACAGUGUUUUUCCUGGAUACGUCAUCAUAUUAUGAGCACGAUCGACAGUGACGUUUUUCGCAUACAGGUGUCAAUGCGGAACUGAAAGUAGGCAGAAUGAAGGGCACAUACCAAUAUGGAGAUGGCAGUCAGUAUAAAGGGGAGUGGAGUGAGGAAGGCCAGAGAGAGGGCUAUGGAAUCAUGAAAUUUACUGAUGGCUCACAGUAUUAUGGCAUGUUCAAAGCAGGGCUUUGUGAAGGACCAGGUGUUAUGGUAUUUAGCGACAAUUCAAGAUAUGAGGGUGAAUUUCAACAUGGCAAAUUUCAUGGACGAGGUGUUUUCAUGCGUUGUGAUGGUAUGAAAUUUGAAGGAGAAUUUCAGAAUGGAAAAAUAUCAGGACUUGGUUUGGUAACCUUUUCAGACGGCUCUCAUGGUUUACCUCGUAAUGAAGGAUAUUUCAAUGGAAACCAAAUGAUUCGGCGGGAAAAAUGUCCAGAACUGAUUCAUACUGCUCUAAGAUCUGCAGAAACUGCCAGAAAUCUCAAAGCAUGAGCUGAACUCAUUUUGCUUUUAUUCAAAGAGAUGUUUCGUCACAAGUAUUUAAAACAUUCUGUUUGAUAAAAUAUUUUGCAUGUAUGUAUCAUCUUUGUAAAAUUACUGUUUAAUAUUGUUAGGAUGGACCGAGGGCGAAAUGCUAAAUAAGAAAAGCACUAAAAGUUUACUAUAUUUUUUUAAUUCAAGGGUUAUAGGAAUGGUCUCCGUUCGUCCUUCCGUCCGUCUGUCUGUAACACUUUCGUGUCCGCUCCAUAUCUCCUAAACCCCUUGAAGGAUUUUCAUGAAACUUGGGUCAAAUGAUCACCUCAUCAAGACGAUGUGCAGAACCCAUGCUUCAGCAAUGCCGGCUCAAUGUCAAGGUCACAACUCAAGGUCAAAGGUUUGAGCCUUCCAUUUUGUGUCCACUCUAUAUCUCCUAAACCCCUUCAAAGAAUUUUAUAAAACUUGGGUCAAAUGAUCACCUUAUCAAGACGAUGUGCAGAACCCAUGAGUCAGCCAUGCCGGCUCAAGGUCAAGGUCACAACUGAAGGUGAAAGGUUUCAGCCUUCCAUUUUGUGUCCGCUCUAUAUCUCCUAAACCCCUUGAAGGAUUAUCAUCAAACUUGGGUCAAAUGAUCACCUCAUAAAGACGAUGUGCAGAACCCAUGAGUCAGCCAUGCCGGUGCAAGGUCAAGGUCACAACUUAGGGUCAAAGGUUUGAGCCUUCCAUUUUGUGUCCACUCUGUAUCUCCUAAACCCCUUGAAGGAUUUUCAUCAAACUUGGGUCAAAUGAUCACCUCAUUAAGGCGAUGUGCAGAACUCAUGAGUCAGCCAUGCCGGCUCAAGGUCAAGGUCUCAACUCAAGGUCAAAGGUUUUAGCCUUCCAUUUCGUGUCCGCUGUAUAUCUCCUAAACCCCUUGAAGGAAUUUCAUGAAACUUGGGUCAAAUGAUCACCUCAUCAAGACGAUGUGCAGAACUCAUGAGUCAGCCAUGUUGGUUCAAGGUCAAGGUCACAAAGGUUUGAGCCUUCCAUUUUGUGUCCACUCUGUAUCUCCUAAACCUCUUGAAGGAUUUUCAUUAAACUUGGGUCAAAUGAUCACCUCAUCAAGAGCUCAUGAUUCAGCUAUGUAAAACUCAAGGUCAGGGUCACCAAGAUGUUGUACAGAAUUCAUGAGUCAGUCAUGAUACUUUAAUGCAUCUCUGAACCUCAUUCCAUUAAAAAAUCACAGAAUUCAGUUAACAUAGAACUUACUUUCGUUUACAUUUUUUUUCGUGGUACCUUUAUGGUAGCAUAUGAGAUAAUCAUUCUGAAAUGAACUUCUGCAAUUUGACUCCACCAAGUUAAAAAAUGUUUGGAAAAAGGGGGAUAACUCGUCCAAUUACACUUUUGGAGGAUGAAUAAACAAAUAAUUGCUUUGACAAUUUUUUACUCAGAAAUUUCUUGUUGUUGUUUUUCUACUGUCAGAGAUACAUUCUUUUAUUACAAAGACUCGGUAUGUAGAUAAUUUCUUUUCUUAACUAUGCACUUUUAAAUUACUUCUUUUGUCUAACGUUGAUGAAACAAUGGUGUUAUCAUAUGUUUCAUGAUUUGUUUUUGUAUUCAGAUGAAACUUAGUUGUUAAAAAGAUCUAUUAUUAUCAUGACUUUUUUUAAAUAAUUUGUAAAUAAGUAAAAUCAUAGGAUUAAACUUGUUUUAUUGAAAUUUC